CAUCCGGUCUUGGCGAUGCAGGGGCCCCCGGCGCCCGCCCCAGCCCCUGGGCCCAGCUCCCCCCGGGGCUCCCCGCGCGGCUCCCCCGGGCUCUUCAGGAAGCUCCUGGUGAACCAGAGCAUCCGCCUGCAGCGGCGCUUCACCGUGGCCCAUCCGCUGUGCUUUGACCUGGAAAAUGGGCUCUCGUGCGGAAGAAGCGCCCUGGACCCUCAGGCCGGGCCUGGCCUUGGCCGGGUCGUCCAGGUCCCAGCCCAGCACAGCCAGAGGCGGGAAUCCUUCCUGUACCGCUCAGACAGUGACUACGAACUCUCGCCCAAGGCCACGUCCUGGAACUCCUCCCUGGCUAGCGACCUACACGGAGAAGACAUGAUUGUGACGCCCUUUGCCCAGGUCCUCGCCAGUCUCCGUACGGUUCGAAACAACGUUGCGGCCCUUGCCCACCUGCAAGGCCGCUCAGUCGCCAAGCAGACAUCCGUCGGGAACCCGCCGUCUGGCAGUCAGCACCCCCCACCUACAGAGGACACUGGGCAGAAGCUGGCUUUGGAAACCCUGGAUGAGCUGGACUGGUGUCUGGAUCAGCUGGAGACACUGCAGACGCGGCACUCGGUGGGGGAGAUGGCCUCCAACAAGUUCAAGCGGAUGCUGUGCAGAGAGCUGACCCACUUGUCGGAAACCAGCCACUCUGGGAACCAGGUGUCCCAGUACAUAUCCCGAACCUUCCUGGACCAGCAGACUGAGGUGGAGUUGCCCAGGGUGACCCCCACGGAGCCCCCGAGGCCCAUGUCCCAGAUCAGUGGCCUGCGUGGGCUCCCCCAUAGUGCCAGCCUUUCUGCAGCCACCAUCCCACGCUUUGGGGUCCAGACUGACCAGGAGGGGCAGCUGGCCAAGGAACUGGAAGACACCAACAAGUGGGGGCUUGAUGUGUUCAAGGUGGCAGAGCUAAGCGGAAACCGGCCCCUCACAGCCAUUAUAUUCAGCAUCUUUCAGGAGCGGGACCUGCUCAAGACAUUUCAGAUCCCAGCGGACAUGCUUGUCACCUACCUGCUGACGCUGGAGGGCCACUACCACGCCGACGUGGCCUACCACAACAGUCUCCACGCCGCUGAUGUGGCCCAGUCCACACACGUGCUGCUGGCCACACCCGCCCUUGAGGCCGUUUUCACAGACCUGGAAGUCCUGGCUGCCAUCUUCGCGAGCGCCAUCCAUGACGUGGACCAUCCCGGGGUCUCCAACCAGUUUCUCAUUAACACCAACUCAGAGCUGGCGCUCAUGUACAAUGACGCCUCCGUGCUGGAGAACCACCACCUGGCCGUGGGCUUCAAGCUGCUGCAGGCAGAGAACUGUGACAUCUUCCAGAACCUCAGUGCCAAACAGCGGCUGAGUCUGCGCAGGAUGGUCAUCGAUAUGGUGCUGGCCACUGACAUGUCCAAACACAUGAGCCUCUUGGCCGACCUCAAGACCAUGGUGGAGACCAAGAAGGUGACAAGCCUCGGGGUCCUGCUGCUCGACAACUACUCCGACCGCAUCCAGGUCCUGCAGAACCUGGUGCACUGUGCCGACCUCAGCAACCCCACCAAGCCGCUGCCCCUGUACCGCCGGUGGACGGAGCGCGUCAUGGCCGAGUUCUUCCAGCAGGGCGACCGCGAGCGCCAGUCGGGCCUGGACAUCAGCCCCAUGUGCGACAAGCACACGGCCUCGGUCGAGAAGUCCCAGGUGGGCUUCAUUGACUACAUUGCCCACCCGCUAUGGGAGACGUGGGCCGACCUGGUGCACCCAGAUGCCCAGGACCUGCUGGACACACUGGAGGACAACCGCGAGUGGUACCAGAGCAAGGUCCCCCGAAGCCCCGUGGACCCCGCCAGCCCCGAGCCAGCUGGCCCCAACAGAUUCCAGUUUGAGCUGCCUCUGGAGGAGGCAGGAGAGGUAGAGGAGGAGGCCUCGGAGUCACCUGACACUGAGUCCCUGUCCCCUGAGGCCAGCCUGGACCCUGGGGCCCUGCUCCUGGACAACCAGGGGUCCGUGGGCAAGCCCUGUGUGGAACGUGAGGGCAACGUGAUGGCUGAGCCAUGUGGCACCUAAUGGCUCCUGGUGGGUGGGUGGACUUUCCAGGAAGAGGUCCCAGAUGGCCCCUGCCUUGCCUUCCCCACCCACUGAGAGUGACAACCAAACUUUUAGUUAUAGGCACAUCUCAAGGUCGAAUUGGAGGCACCUGGCUGGGGUCCACUCUGACCCCAAAGCUCUGCUGAGAAAGCUCUCCAAGGGGCUGGGCUAGGGGUAGCCUCUUCCAGAGCCCUUGGGCUCUCGCUCCUGGACUUCCACCCCUGGUGUGGAAAGGGGGUGUCUGCCAGGCCCUCUGCCCACCUUCUCCAGUGCUCGCUCUUGAGCCAAUCCAUCACUUUAUUCUUUCAUCCUUUCAUUCUCUGUCAGGUAUUUAUUGGGCCUGAUAUGUGCCAGGCCUGUGCCUGCUGCUUGCCUCGGGGGUAGCCCUGCCCAGGGGUGGGGAGUCAGCCUCAAGGAGAUGCCCCACAGGCGCCUCCCACCGUCAGCCAGGCGGCUCGCUGCGAGAGAGCGGGGCCUUGAG